UUGAAAUUUUUAAUGGACAAUAAUCUAAAGUAAGAAAUUUGGGAAUCAAUUUUUAGCCAAAAGAAACACUUUGAAGAAGCAUUAACCCCUUGCCUUGAAAAAGAGAAAACACAUCAGUUUGGAAGAGUCAUAGAUAACCAAAUAGAUGGCAUACGUUCUAUUAAUACACGCUCGCCUUUCAUAACUCCUCGAGGUGAAAGAGCCAUAAACAUCUCAACUCCUCCAGCAAAACUUAGUUUAAGAGGAUUCAGUUGCAAGAAAAACAUUAAUCUUGAAAUCAAUGAAGAUUUUUGCUGGAAUCGGUUGAAGACCAAUUGAAGCAACUAUAUUGCACAGAAUAAAGCACUACUGCAGAAUUCUGAGUCCUCCCUUCAACAGAAAAGUUUCAGACCACAGUCUGUUUCACAGAUCAACUUAAAGCUGAAACCUGAGGAGAAAAAUAACAGCCAAAUGUUCCUUCAUAAAUAAGAGUAAUAUUGAGCUUAAGAACCAGAAAAUACAGAAAUACCUCAAACAUGUCUAUAAGAACCAUAAAAUAUCCCAAAUCAAUGUUGAAGGCAAGAUUUCAAAGGCAAUCAAGAGCAACAAGUGCUCUAUAGUAGGAGAUAAAGCAUCAGUCAGCACUCGUUUAGAGCCUCCUCAGGAAAGCUCAUUACAAAGAAUGAAUUCUAACCCAGAUCGGAUUGUACUCCUGAGCCAUAUAAAAGAUAUUGAAAAGAAAAGAGGCUUCAAACCUGUGAGGCUUGUUCAUCAUGAUCGGACCCAGACAAAGAUGUCUCAUAGAAGAAUUCCUCUACCUGGGAAAGCAAAAACAAAAUCUGGAAUUGGGACAUUGAACAACUCUUCUCAAAAUUCUUUGAGCGAAUCAAUAAAUGAAUAUAGAAUGGGCUGAACAUUUUUAGGAAAGAAGAAACCUUCUUCCUUAAAAUACAGAAAUUCUAAGUGCAAUACGAAAUCAAAGAAGCAAACUAUGCGUUCAUUACUUGCCAGAAAGAUCUUGAAGCUUCAAAAGAGCAGGCCUAUGUCAUUCUAUGAGAAAAGGAUGGCAAUGAUAAAAUAAAGCUGAGAGCAGUAUUCUAAAAGGCUCUAACACCCCUUUCAAGGAGAGCUCUAAUCCAUUUAAUUCUCAAUCUCUGAUUCAAAGGUACACUUACGCUAACUUUUUGACUAAAGAUAAUAAUGACUACCAAGAAAAGCUCAGAAUUGAUGGGAUCGGUCACCCAAAUAUUAUCAAUAUGUCUCCUAAAUAAACUAGAUACCAGUGGAAAACCUAUCUACAAGAAUUGAUCUGAUAAAAAGCAGACAAGAUCUUCUGCUUCUUUGAUGAUAUGACUCAAGAAAAUAGAGAAUAGAACUAAUACUAGCUGAAGUAAGAACGCAUCAAAGAUGCUUAACCAACUAAAUCCGCAUGAAGAACAUAAUAAUGAUAAUAAAGAGUCCAGUCAGAAGGUUCCUUCCAAGAAAGGAGUGAAGCAGAAACUUUGAGUUCCUUCGUCAACAAAUUCGAUGAGAUCUAGCAGGCCAAAGUCUCAGUUCCUGACAAGGCUUAGGGAGAAAAAGAAGAAUAAGCUAAAUACUGAUCUGCUGUUUUUAAGCCAGAAUUAG